UCGCAGCUAAAGUGUAACAUAAGAAGUAAUGUGAGAAGGCUCUCAACAAAUGGGUGUGUGGUAUUGUUUUAAAGUCCAAUAAUAAUUGUGAUUAGUUAUUAGACUACUCCUAAAAAAUUUUAUUUUUUCAAUUUGGCAUCAAAAGAAAGUUGAGUAAACAGAAACAUCAAAAUGAGUCAACCUUUUACAUAUCUCAAAAAAGAUGAAACCAUUGUUUUCAGCCAAGCGUUUAAAUUAAAGUUCAGUGAUAGUGUUGGAGUAGAUUGGAGAACUCUUGGGCGUUGGUUAUAUAUUGAAGAAAAUUAUUUAGAUAUGAUUGAUCAAGAAAACAUAAAAAUUAAUUUAAAAGCGUAUUCAAUGUUAACUAAAUGGUUGCAAAUGAAUGACAGUCCAACACUUGAUGAGUUAAAAACAGCUCUAAAGGAAAUGAAAAGAGUGGAUCUAAUAAGAUUAGUAGACGAAUUUACAAAGAUUUCAAAUUCACCAGAAAAAUCUGCCGCAUUUUCUGCCAUUAAAGAUUCUUCAAAUCCACUAGAUGUUGCUAGCAGAGCUAAUGUCAAUAAAGAUAUAUCAGAGGUAUGCACAGCACUAAAAAAUUAUUAUCUGAAAUAUUAUGGCAAAAUAAAUGAACUUCGACCACUAUUAAAAACACCUGCUAGUGUUGAUCUAAUACAAAAAUUUGUUGAUCUAUGUAUUGUUGAUGCAUAUAAUGCUCAAAUUGAUGUUGUUUGUAGUAAUGAACGAAAGCAAUUUCUUAAAAAGCAAAUGAGUUAUACACCAAUUCCAUAUAGUGAAGUAUUUAUGAGCGAAAAAUCAGUAAUAUUAAUAUCUGGAAUAGCUGGUAUUGGAAAAACAUGGUUGCUCAGAAAGUGUUUGCUCGAUUGGUCGAAUAAUUUAAUUUGGAAUAAUGUUGAACUUGUGUUUUAUUUGGAAUGCAGGAGGCUUAAUCAAUAUCAAAAUGUUUCGAAUAUUAAUGAAUUACUAAAUGUUUUCUAUAAACAUAUUUUAAAUGAUUUUGAUAUUAGUAAGCAUACUACAUUGUUUAUUAUUGAUGGAUUAGAUGAAUUUAAAUAUUUAAAUGAAUUAUUAAAUCCAAAUUUAAGUUGUACCUUUCCGUUUGUUAAUGCUUUAGCAGAAAUUCAAAGUUAUAAACAUGUAGUUGCAGGUAGAGUUUAUGCAAUUGAUAAAUAUCAAAAUAUAUAUCCAGAGCAUAUUGAUAAGUUAACCAUUCAAAUAAUGGGGUUUAACCAAAAUGGAGUUGAAAAUUAUGUAGAAAAUCAUGUUAUAGAAGAAAAAAAAGAAGUUGUUAAAGCAACUUUAAAGGAGUCUCCAAUUGCAAAAGUUAUGGCAACUGUUCCAUUUUAUUUAUCUUUCAUGUGUAAAAUUAUUAGUGAUUCAAGCAAAAUAUAUACAACUUCUUUCUUGACGAUGACAGAAUUGUAUGCAAAUAUUUUUUUAUUUUUUUUGCAAAAACACAUUAUCAAAAACAAUGGAUCAGUUUAUGAAAUGAUGGCAAAUGAAAAUAAUAAGAAAUAUGUAUUAACUAUUUGUAAGAUAGCUUUUGAAUUGUUUAUUGAAAACAAAUUUGUGUUUUCAAAAGAAGAAGUUUUACUAUUUAUCAAUAACUUUAAUGAAGUUGAUGAAAGUCUUUUUGGUUUUAUUGAAAGGGUUGAAACACAUCUUGGUUAUUUUUACCAAUUCGCACAUUUGACAGUGAUGGAGUUUUGUGCAUCUGUGUAUGCAUACAAUUGUUUAAGAAUUGAAGAGAUUAUGGACAAUAAAAAGCUGAAGAGUUGUUUAUCAAUGAUUUGUGGAUUAGGCAAUAAAAAAAAAUAUAUUUUAUUAAAGUUUCUUGUUAACCUGAAUCCUUCUAAACAAUCAAAAGAGGAAUCUUCACUUUCGGUUUCUAUUUUGGAUCGUCUAUCUCAAAGUAAUAAAGGUUUUAAUGAAGAUUUCAAUUUUUUCUACGAAUGUUUCUACGAAAGUCAAUCGUCAUUCACUGAUGAAAUAAAAUCAAUUGUUGAUGAACAAAACUUGCGAUAAUUAUUUCAUAAAUUAUUACAUAAAAUCUGGAAGAAAGUUAAAGUGGUUACGUGUUAAAAAAGGUGUUGAUAAAAAUAUUUUAAGUGAUGAAGAAAAAAAUCUUUUAAUUCGAUGUUUAACUAAUGUUCGCAAUGUCAGCUUUUCUCGUCCAAUUAAUUUCGAAGGAUGGAAACCGAAAAAUAAGAUUGAAGUGUUGUGGAUAUGGAUCUCAGAUUAUUUAAUAACAAAAAAAGAUUUUAAAAAAAAUUUUCUUCCUUGGAUUAAUCUUUGUGAAGAAUUAGAUCUUCGACUUCACGACGACAUUGAUUUCUUUAAAGACAUUUGUGAAUGGAUUCGUUGUUCGAACAUCAAGAAGUUUCAGAUCAAGUACCGUGGAAAAUAUUUUCGUAACCUCGAUGAAUUAACUUUAUAAC